CUCUCCAAUUCUAGGGUUUCUAAUUUUCUCUCUCUAAAAAAAAAAAAAGAACUCUACUAAUUGGUAGCAUGCUUUAACAAGAAUCAAGUUAUAACAUAGCUUGACAGACUUUGCAACUACCAAAAGGAAAAUUUAAGAGUUAUAACGAGAGAAUGUCUUGUUCGAGUAGCAGCUCCUCGAAUCCUCCCUGUGCAGCUUGUAAAUUUUUGAGAAGAAAGUGUUUACCAGGUUGCAUAUUUGGUCCUUAUUUUCCACCAGAAGAUCCACAAAAAUUUUCAAAUGUACACAAAAUAUUUGGUGCAAGCAAUGUAAGUAAACUUCUGAAUGAAAUUGAAGCUCAUCAGAGAGAAGACGCGGUGAAUUCUCUUGCUUAUGAAGCUGAAGCGCGUAUGAAAGAUCCAGUUUAUGGUUGUGUUGGAGCUAUUUCUGUUCUACAAAGACAAGUUAUACGACUUCAGAAAGAACUUGAUGCUACCAAUGCUGAUUUGAUGAGAUAUGCUAAUGCUAAUUAUGGAGUUUAUAAUAAUAAUACUACAUGGAACAAUAACCCUAACCCUCUGCCUGAUGAUGAUAUACACUAGCAUCUCCCAAUUAUCAUAUCUAUGAAUUGUGUAAUCCUAGCUAUAUAUAUAUAUAUAUAGUUACUUAC